ACGUCUCUCUCUCUCUCUCUCUCUCUGUGAGUAAAUUCACAUUCCCAUUCGGAUUAGGGUUAGGGUUUGUUUAUAUUGGAAUUGAGAUGGGGCAACAAUCUCUGAUCUACAGCUUCGUCGCUCGAGGCAGUGUGAUUCUCGCCGAGUACACAGAGUUCACCGGCAAUUUCACCUCCAUUGCCUCUCAAUGCCUUCAGAAGCUUCCUUCCUCCAACAACAAGUUCACCUACAAUUGCGAUGGCCACACCUUCAAUUACCUCGUCGAAAACGGUUUCACUUACUGCGUAGUUGCAUCUGAAUCUGCUGGCAGGCAAAUUCCAAUUGCCUAUCUGGAGAGAGUCAAGGACGAUUUCAACAAAAGAUAUGCUGGUGGGAAAGCUGGAACUGCUGUUGCCAAUGGACUGAACAGAGAGUUUGGACCUAAACUGAAGGAUCACAUGAAGUACUGUGUGGAUCAUCCUGAAGAGAUCAACAAGCUUGCAAAAGUGAAGGCUCAGGUUACUGAGGUCAAGGGUGUUAUGAUGGACAAUAUUGAGAAGGUUCUUGACCGCGGUGAGAAGAUUGAGCUGUUGGUGGACAAAACUGAUAAUCUUCGCUCCCAGGCCCAAGAUUUCAGGACACAGGGAACAAAAAUGAAAAGGAAGAUGUGGUUUCAGAAUAUGAAGAUAAAAUUGAUUGUUGUGGGGAUCAUCAUUCUCAUAGGCUUUGUGAUAUUUUUGUCAAUCUGCCAUGGUUUUAAGUGUACCUAAGUUUGCAUCGUUAUAUGUCCAUGGACGCUUUCGUGCUGUCAUGCGGCAUUGGUAAAUUGCUCUAUCUCUUUGAGUUGCUUACCUUGUUAGGUUAUGCCCGUCCUGUUUUGCUAGCCAUUUUAGGAUGGGGUGGGGGGAGGUUUUGUAUGUUUUUUUUCGCAUUGGUUGUUGUAUAGUUUAUAUAUUUGACCUAGUCUUGUCUAGGGUAGAUAAAAUCAAUCACUAUCAUAUAUGUGCUCCAUGUAUUGUAAUGGAUCCUUAAUUAGCUUAAGAUGUAAUGGAGGAAUGCUUGGAUGAUUGUAAAUCAGCAUGCCCUUUCGGAAUGCUAUUAAAAUCUAUUCCCUUAUUUGCUUGC